AUGGGUACUCCACAGCACUCAGUGAAACUGAUUGCCAGCCUAUAUGAGAAGAGUGAGUCAAUAGUCAGGGUAAACGACGUAGAGGCUGCGUCUUUCGAACCGCAAAGAGGGGUUCGACAGAAAUUCAUCCUUCUGUUCAAUACUUAUGUCGAAUAUAUGGACGCAUUUCGAUUAGAGGGAACAAAACAACCUCCGAUACGCAGACACAACGUUAUUUGCCUCCUCGGAACGUGGAAUGGCGGAACUUUUUACCAGAGUGCAGCAAGCAAGCGAAUGGUCGGUCUUUCUAUUAAUAAGGUACAGACAAAAGUCAUGUUAGUGGAUCGGGUUGGACUCCUCACACGUUCUGGAGAACUGCCGGACUUUGAAUUUGUGGGCAAAUUUUAUAUUUAG